GAGACAGAGAGAGACAGAGAGAGAGAGAGAGAGAGAGAGAGAGAGACCGGAGCGGAGCGGAGAGUCGGCAGCGCGCGAGGUGGUCAUGGCCAGCGCGAGCCAGAGAGUGGUCCUCAUUACCGGCUGUUCUUCCGGGAUUGGGCUGCGGAUCGCCGUCCUAUUGGCCAAAGACGAGCAGAAGCGCUACUAUGUGAUUGCCACCAUGCGGGACCUGAAGAAGAAGGACAAGCUGGUGCAGGCAGCAGGAGAUGCUUUCGGAAACACUCUGACGCUGCAAGCUCUGGAUGUGUGCAGCGAUGACUCAGUUAGGCAGUGCAUCAGUAGGGUUAAAGACCGACACAUCGACAUCCUCAUAAACAACGCAGGCGUGGGCUUGCUCGGCCCCGUGGAGAGCAUCAGCCUGGACCAGAUGAAGACGGUGUUCGAGACCAAUUUUUUUGGCACCGUGCGCAUGAUUAAAGAGGUCAUGCCUGAUAUGAAGAGACGCAGAAUGGGGCACAUCAUCGUCAUGAGCAGCGUCAUGGGCAUGCAGGGCGUAGUGUUUAAUGACGUCUACACGGCCUCCAAGUUUGCCAUCGAGGGUUUCUGUGAAAGCUUGGCAGUCCAGCUGCUCAAGUUUAAUGUCAAGUUGUCUCUGAUCGAACCUGGGCCCGUGCACACUGAGUUUGAGGCGAAGAUGAUGGAAGAAGUGGCCAAGAUGGAGUUUCCGGGAGCAGAUGCAGACACAGUGAGAUACUUUAAGGACGUAUACAUGCCGUCCUCCAUCGAUAUCUUCGAGGCAAUGGGACAGACGCCAGACGACAUUGCGAAAUGCACUAAGAAGGUGAUCGAGUCGAGCAACCCUCGCUUCAGGAACCUCACUAACAGCCUUUACACCCCCAUCGUAGCCAUGAAGUACGCAGACGAGACGGGCGGCCUGUCAGUGCACACCUUCUACAACCUGCUGUUUAACUUCGGCUCCCUAAUGCACAUCACCAUGAGCAUCCUGAAAUGCCUGACCUGCAGCUGCCUGCGCAGACGCACCGUAUCACCUGACUGAACACACACACACACACACACAAUGAACAGACUGAUGUGAACACAUUUGGAUGCAUUUGUGGAUUUCAGUGUAUGUGACUCGAUUUCCUGUUCCUGUUACCUCUCUUCUGAAACUUGAGAUUCAAUUUACCAACUAACUUAAACGUUUCUGUUUUCCUAAAUAGUACUAGCGGAAGAUGUUAAAGAUGCUAAAGUAAAUUAUCAUGCUAUUUAUGAGGAUUGGGAAAUCGAGAAUGAGAGCGUUUUUCAAAUCAGAUAGCGGAUUCUAAUCAAGAAAAGUCUAAAACAAUCACCUUGUAAAAGUAAGCCUUCGUAAGACUUGUAAGUCUUAAUCUUAGUGCUCGUCAUUAGCUGCUUUUACGCACUAAUGAUUUCACUGAAGUCUGUUGUGAAAGUCUGUUUAAAGCUCUUCGUUGUCUUGUAUUUGAUAUUGUCUCGUGUUUACGUCGGUAUCUCCACCCUGAAUUGGAAAUGAUCUAUUUUUUAUAUCGAAUCUGAAUAUUUAGAAUCUAUUGUAGACUAAAUGUGGUUUGAUUUUAGAAUAAAACCAGGCUGUGAUCUAAUCGUACACUGUAGGUUGUGUCUUUGCCAAUACGAAUACAAACAGGGAGAAAGAUUCUAGAGAGUGAAUGAUAGUGAGUAGGAAGAUCACAAGAGUAAUGAGUCUGGUAUGAAUGAAUUAUUGAUGUGUUGUUCAUGUACUGUGUGUGAGUGUUCAUACAAACUACUGCAUACUAUGCAUGUGCAUGUGUGUAGUACUGUAUGUUGAACAGCAGAGGGCAGCAGAGCAUUUUCUGGCAUGGAACACACUCACACAUUUUGAUAUUUGCUCUGUGAAGGAAUUUGAACUUCCCACAUAAGAAACAUUUCUUUGUCCAAAGUGCUCCAAGAACACACUGGAUGCAUUAUCACUGAACUGCACAUUAAUGGCAAAAAGCUCUGGCGAUGUGAACCCGACUCUGAAGGACAAGAGUUGACUCGUCGGAGCAGGUCCCAGAGCGGGGUGUUCUGGUGUGUGUCGUGUUUUGGAGCAUCCGAAGGCCAUCAUAAAUUUCCCUCUGUUGUGGUCUUGAAGGGAGAAAGCGCUGUGCCUCUGAAAAUGUGCACACGACCAUGAAGAAAGAACAUGAGAUCUGGUCAUUUCUGUUCCUGUUGAGCUAAAUAUAGAGAGUUCAUGAGAAUCAGAUUUCCUUCAGUACCUUCUGAAGUCUUGUAUAGUAACUCCAAAACUGAGUGUAUUAUUAUUAUUAUUAUUAUUAUUAUUAUUAUUAUUAUUAUUAUUAUUAUUAUUAUCACACUAUGUCAACUUUCUUUAUAAAACUUACUACUCACUAGAGUGAAACAAAUAAAUCCACAUUGUGUUUUAAACAGUUUUUCACCAAAUUUUAUUUUAUUUUUUUCUAGAUUCAGAACCGAAAAUAAAAUUCUUUAGAGUA